AUGACUGGGGCUAACACAAUCAACUUCAAACUUCAAACCCUCAUCAACCAAUAUGAAGCAACACACCCUCUGUCAAAGAACCACUUCGAAAGAGCCCAGAAAGUGCUACCAGCCGGAAGUACACGAUCAGUUCUUGUCUCCAGGCCCUUUCCCUUGAUAGUCGAGUCUGCAGAUGGAACCAGCUUCACGACUAUUGACGGCGUAACAUUUGAAGACUUUGUCUCUGACUAUUCGGCUGCUAUAUACGGACAUUCUCAUCCUGUUAUUAGGGAUGCGGUCCAGAAUGCUUUGGCGUCGGGGUUUAGCCUCGGUGGCAUCACCCAGAAAGAAGCGCAAUUGGCAGAGAUCGUGACGGAGCGCAUUCCUUCUAUUGAGAAGGUUCGUUUCUGUAAUUCAGGUACGGAGGCGAAUACAUUUGCGCUGGCUACUGCUAUGGCAUAUACGAAACGGAAGAAGAUCCUAGUCUUUGAGAACGGAUACCAUGGAGGCACACUCAGUUUCGGCUCAAAGCAUGAGACCAAUCCAAUGAACCUACCACACGACUUCAUAUUCGCAAAAUACAAUGACAUCCCUACAACAAAGGCCUUGCUAAGCAAUGACCUUGCCGCAAUCCUAGUAGAACCAAUGCAAGCAGCAGGCGGCAUGCACCCUGCCUCCCGCGAGUUCCUAGCCUACCUCCGCGAAGUAGCUACAGCCACAGGCGCAGUACUGAUAUUCGACGAGGUCGUCACCUCUCGCCUCCACUACCACGGUUUGCAAGGCUAUUGGGGCAUAAUACCAGAUAUGACAACACUAGGCAAGUACAUCGGCGGCGGAUUCCCAUUCGGAGCCUUCGGCGGCUCAUCGCAGAUAAUGGAUCUAUUUGAUUCGCCAGAUCCUUCUGUGGCGUUACAUCAUUCAGGCACGUUCAAUAAUAAUAUCUUUACCAUGUCUGCGGCUGUUGCUGCGUCAAAUCUCAUUACCGAGGCUGAGCUGCAGAGGUUGAAUCGGAUGGGUGAUCGGUUUAGGGAACAGGGGAUUGAGUUGAUUCGGGCGUCAGGGUUCCCGUCUAUGGAAUUGACUGGGUAUGGUAGUGCUGUUGGGAUUCACUUUAGUGGGCCGGAUGCUGCGGUCUUGGGGGAUUGUUUCUAUUUCUUUCUUCUUGCUAAGAGAAUUUCUGUCGGGAGACGUGGGUUUGUGUCGAUGAAUCUUAUUCAUACGGAGGCUUCUGUCGAUCGCCUUCUUGGUGCUGUGAAGGGGUUUUUGGACGAUAUCACAGGGGUCACUGCUUGA